AUGGGAAGUGGACCAAUAUCUCUUAUACAACAGUUAGGCUCUUCAAUUGAAAGAAAAUUUUCAUAUUGUUUGAUUCCUGCUUAUAAUGAUUUUGGUGAAUCAUCCUUCACUAGCAAACUCAACUUUGGAAAUGAUGCUGUUGUUUCGGGUAAAAGAGUUGUUUCGACUCCCAUGAGUAAAUAUCAAAGUGGCUUCUCAGUGACAUUGGAAGCAAUUAGUGUGGGAAAUAAAAGAAUAAAAUAUGAAGGGGUUAAAAUUGAAGGAAAAAAUACUUCUACCCGAAAUGCUUUUAUUGACUCAGGCACACCAUUGACGUUGUUGCCACCUUAUUUUCACUCUAAGUUGGAAUCAACAGCGGAAAAAAUGAUUAAGCUACAGCGUAUUGAGCCACCUAACCCCUUCAAAACUCUAAGUCUUUGUUACAAUACGACAUGGGAACAAUCAAAUAAUUUUCCUAUUAUUAGGACACAUUUUAGUGGUGCAGAUGUCAAGUUAUAUUAUAAUAGCACAUUUUUUGAAGUUCAAAAAGGAAUUAUGUGUUUUGCUUUUGUUCCAUCUCAAGGUGAUAUUAUUUUUGGGAACUUUGCACAACAUAACCAUUUAGUUGGUUAUGAUCUCCAAAAAAAUGUAAUCUCUUUUAAGCCUACUGAUUGCAUCAACUACUAG